UGAUUGAUUGCUUUUUCCCUCGUCUUUUUGAUUUCGACAAGUCUUUCCUUUCCUUUCCUUUCCCGGGAAAAAGCUGCAAACUUUCAUUCCCGGAAAAUGUUAAGCUCCAGCCACCUGGUUUUCUUCCUACUCUCCCUUCUCCUCCUCCAUUUUUCUUCACUACGAAUCGAUUCAUUAUCAGCAUCGAACUACACUCGACCAGACAAGUACUUCAUCGCUUGCGGUUCCAAAUCCAACGUCACCACCAGCGAAAGCCGGGCCUUCGUCGGAGACCGGACACACCAACCAUUCUUUAUCUCACCAGGACGAAGCAAAGCCAUCACUGAUGAAACCUCAAACGACGUGUCGUAUCUCAACAACACGGCAAGAGUUUUCGAAACCCCAUCGUCGUAUGAGCUCGAAGUUGACCAGAACGGUACGUACAUGGUACGCCUUCAUUUCCACUCAUUUCCGUCUGAGUUUAAUCUCUCCGAAGCAGUUUUCGACGUUGUAGCUUCUGGGUAUUCGUUAUUAUCGAAUUUCAGUGUCAGAAAAAGUAGUACUGGGCCUAUCGAGGAGUUUCUUCUCCCCAUUAAAAAGGGAAAAUUUAAGCUUUACUUUCACCCAUCACAGAACUCACUUCUAGCUUUUGUAAACGCUAUAGAAGUCUUUCUUGUCCCUGAAGAAGAUCUUCUCCCAAACUCUGCUACAGCUACAGUAAUUACUUUAGGUGGAACAAAGGGUAAUCAAAGUAAUUUGCUCUCUUUGGCGUACCGAACAAUCCAUAGAAUCAACGUUGGGGGUGGAAAUAUCACAUCAGAUAAUGAUUUGCUAUGGAGGACAUGGUUACAAGAUGAUAGUUUUCUCAUAAACCCAAAAGCUACAAACAAGAGUCAGUUUUAUGAUGGUGAACUCAACUUUUUGAAUGGAGGAUCCACUAAGUAUAGUGCCCCAGCAAAUGUUUACAGGACCGGAAGAGAGUUGAAUGUUCAAGCUAAUUUCUCUAAGGCAACUUGGGCUUUUCCGGUCAGCAAGAGUGCUAUGAAACAUCUAGUUCGAGUUCACUUGUGUGACAUUAUUAGUAAAGGCCUUGCCGUGUUUGAUUUCAGUCUCUUUAUUUACAACAAGUCCGUAAAAACCAUUAAUGCAUAUGAUGAUAUUGGAAAAUUGCAAUCCCCAUUUUAUCUUGAUUAUGUUGUUGAUACAAAUGGUUCUGGAGUUAUCAACAUAAGCAUUGGUUUUGGGGCUAGUAAUAAUUGGUCUAAUGUUCCUAAUGCCUACUUGAAUGGAGUGGAGAUUUUUGAGAUUGAGAGGACUUCUAGCCUAGUUCCUUGGGAAAGUCCAUUUAAGAAGAAACAAAAUGGUUUGAUAUUUGGUUCAGGAUCAUGUGCUGCUUUUGUGGUCAUUGUUGGCAUAUUGAUCACAGUUUUGUUGGUUUUAAAAAGUAGAAGACCAAAGCCUAAAAGAGAUUCCAGUGACUUCCUUUAUGGAGGAAUGAGUUCUCAAGGAAGAUUGGCUGAUCAAAAUAAACCCAAUGCUUCAAACUUAAGACUUAGAUUGAAGAAAUCUUUUUCUGAAAUCAAACGUGCCACUGACAACUUUGAUGAAAAGAAGUUGGUUGGAGAAGGUGGAUUUGGGAAAGUGUACAAAGGAACUCUUAAAGAUAAAGAAGAAGAAAUCGAAGUCGCCGUGAAACGAAGCCAACCUGGGCAUGGACAAGGGGUUACAGAGUUCCAUACAGAGAUACUAAUGUUGUCUGAAAUCAGCCAUCGCCAUCUUGUUUCCUUAAUUGGGUAUUGUGAUGAAAGGAAUGAGAUGAUACUGGUUUAUGAGUACAUGGAAAAUGGGACUCUGAGAGAUCAUCUCUAUGAUGUGAAGAGUGAAUCUCCAAUAUCAUCUGCAGAGACCAAAUUAUCUUGGGAGAAAAGGCUUGAAAUUUGUAUAGGUGCAGCCAAAGGCCUUCACUACUUGCAUACUGGUAAAGCAAAGGAAAUCACUCACAGAGAUGUGAAGUCAACAAACAUCUUACUUGAUAAAAACUUUAAUGCAAAAGUUGCUGAUUUUGGUCUUUCUAAGUCAGGUCCUCCUGAUCCAAACAAUGAAAGUAUGGUUUUGAAAGGUAGCUUUGGUUAUCUUGAUCCUGAAUACUUUAGGACCUCACAAUACACAGUCAAAUCAGAUGUUUACUCGUUUGGAGUGGUACUUCUUGAGGUACUUUGUGCUAAACCAGCCAUAUUCUCUCGACCUGGGGAGGAAAAUGCAAGCUUGGCUAAAUGGGGCAUGGAGUGGCAUAGAAAAGGGCAGCUAGAGAAAAUCAUAGAUCCUUCCUUGGCUACUGAAAUAGAUACCAAUUCUUUGAGAGCUGUGGGGGAUAUAGCUGAGAAGUGUUUGAAGGAAAAUGGUUCAGAAAGGCCUACAAUGGAUGUGGUAGAAUGGACCCUAAGAUAUGCAUUAGAGCUUCAUCAAAAUGCAUCACGAAGAGAGGGUUUUGAAGACACUUUUACUACCAACACUUCACUUGAAUCGGCAUUCCAAACUGUUCAUGAUAUGUCUAUUAAUGCCUUCCCUGUUGGAGAAGAUGGUGAUACUUCCAUGUUUGGUGAUAAUAGUUCAAACACUUUCUCCACUCAGUUUUCUACCUAAUUAAGAGUUGUAAUCGUUUGCAUGAGCAUGUGUGUUUCUUUUCUUUUCUGGGUUUAAACUCAUUACCUCAAAAGUUAGGGAGUCCUCUCUUAUUAUUCUGUUUACUAUUAAUGUCCGUACUAAUUAGUUAAGUUCAUUUGUGCUGA